AAGCUCUCUUAUUUCCACAUAUAACGUUUUACAUGUUUUAAGGAAAACGUUUAAUUUGGCAAAUAAUUAAAAAAACAAUAUGGAUUUGGUAAAAAAUUGUGAAAAAUCUGAAUUUAAAGAUGUUUUGAAGAAAUAUCUUGAAGAAAUGUCGACUAGACAUAAUUCACUUAAAUCUCAAUUACUAAGUAAGCAGCAAAUAAAUAAUAAUUUAAAGGCCAAUACUGAGCAAGCAAUCAGCAACGAUCUAGACACUUCCAUGACAGCCAUUGAUGUUAUGCUGAAUAAUGUACAUUGUCAGCUAGAAGGAGGUAUGGACAUUUUAAAAACUAAAUCUGGACAAGUUAAAAAAUGCAACGAAACAAUAAAUGUUAAAGUCGAGGAGGAAAAUAAGAAACUACAUCAACGUUUCUAUGAAAUGAUUACUAGAGAUGUGAUAGCAUUAAAACCUUAUCAUGAAGUUGAAGCAGCUAUAAAUGAUUUGAGGCAAAAAACAGUUUGCUGUCUAGAGAAGUUGCAAAAGGAAGAGGAAUUAUUUAAAACAACGCUAAAUAAUCGUGCUCAGGACUUUAUACAAAUAAGAGAUGUUAUUAAUAUGUUGGAGCCAAUGGAAGAAGAAAUGAAGCUUCACACACAAAACUUGAAUAAAACUGUUGAUGAACAAAUGAAAGCGUUAAGAUUAAAGUGUAUCGAAGAGGCAAAUGAAAACUCUAAUGAAUCAAAGGAAUUGUUUAAGGAUAUAAACGAUUUGAAGACGCAGCUUAAUAUAAAUUAAGAAAUAUUUAAACAAAUUAAAGUAGCUUUAGGUUAAUAGAUAUUAAUUGAUAAACG